GCUUCUGGGAACUUGAGCCGGCGCCAGCCGUCCGCGCUGCUGACCCGCAAACGACACUUCCCCCUUCUCUGGGUCUGCCCGACCCCUCAACGCUUCAAUGGAUCCUCUGCCGAACUCAUCUUUGACUAGAUCUGAUCCUGGCAGUGCGGAUGACUCGUCUGAUGAGUCUUGCAGACGGCAGCGGUCUCAAUGGCCCGCGCCAGGCGGCUCUCAACACCGCAGCAGCCUCGCACUUUCAUCCCCUCCACCACGCGGCUGGAGUCUUAUGCGAGGCUUCAUGCUCGUCCUGCUCUUCUUCAGUGCCCUUUCCUGGAGGUCGAUGACUACAGCAGCUGAGGCAGUGCAACGACAAUGGCGCAACAGCCACCCGUCGGCAUUUCUCCCGCCCUCGGCAAUGCGGCCAACCCAGCAUGAUAGAGGAGCCUCCAAGAGGCCGACCUGCGUUGGCGUGAGUGGGAACCGAGAUCUGUUGGUGGUGCCUGGCGAGAGGGAGAGGCAGUCGCGGAUAUUCUUCAACCCCAUAUGGUCGCCCUACGUGGUGCGGCCGACGGUGCGGAAGCAGGUGGACAGGGACGUGUGGAUAUUCGAGCAGGAGCUGGGGCUGCUCAACGUCACCGAGGUCAUCAGGUACUUACAGCACUAACUCGCACGAGUGACAAGACAGACAUGCCUGCAUCGGGUGGGUGGCAUUAUGCGGGCUGUGUGAGUGUGCAGGAUGACAGCCAUCCGUCUGCAGGAGGGUGGGCUCUUCAUCUACGCCCCGAUCGCUCCGACAAAGGAGUGCAUCCGACUCAUUGAUGAGCUCAACGAAGGUCGGUGGGCUGGUGGGGCAGCCGGGCCACCCACACCCACAGCCACACACAUGCACGCACAGAUACGGCAUUGCUCUGUACUUCCUCCUCACUGUCAGAGGUCAAAUAUGUGGUUCUGCCGGUAACUGCCGUCGAGCACAAGCUCUUCACCAAACCCUUCGUCAACCACUUCACGCAGGCCAAGGUCUACAUCGCCCCUGGCCAGUUCUCUUUCCCCCUCCCCCUGCCGCUGGGCUUCCGCGUCAACGCCGAGCUGCCCUCGUCCAGGGGGCCGCGCGAUGCGCGCCUGCCCUUCGAGAACGAGAUUGAGUUCGAGACCUUCUCGUUCAACACGCCGAUUGGCAACAGUGUCGAAGUUAGUGAGAGAGACGAAGACAGGCCUCCCGGAGGGGACAACAUUUGGCUGUGUGGGUGGGUGUGCUGGCAGGUUGCGUGUUAUCACAAGAGAUCAAACACCCUGCUGACCACUGAUUCGCUGCAGUUCGUUGACGCCAAGAAGAGAACACCCGAACAGAUAUGGACUGCACUGCAGGUGGGCCGGCCACACCAGCACGGCAAAACGAUGUGGCCUGGCUGCUCUCAGUCAGUCACUGACUCGUUCCUCUCUGUCUGUCUGUCUGUCUGUCUUGAUGUUGUGUGUGCAGGUGUUCUUCAUCCUGGCGCCACGUAACGAGACGAACAGCGGCUUCUUCUACAACGUGCCCGAGGGCUUCAACGGUGUCCUCAACAGACACUACGUGCCGCCACAGCUGAGGAAAUGGGUAUCGUCGACACACGGCAUAACAGAGCCAUCCAUCCAUCCAUCACUCCGUCUGCUGACUGACACAGGUGUUCGAGCUAUCACCCGUUGCUGCCCGCGCGUGGGUGGAUCGUGUGUCGAGGUGGCCCUUCCGGCGGCACAUAUCGUGCCACUUCGACUCUCCGACGCGCCUGAACCCCUCCCAGUUUCGCGCGGCUUUCUCUUUCCUCGACGACCCCUCACCGUUGUCGCCAUCGGCUCCAUUCCCCGAGGGCCGGGCGCCCUUCAUCGAGUCGGUCGAGAGAUUCCUGAAGCAGACGGUGUUCAAGGGCAGGCUCACGUGAGUUGGACAGGGGAUGGAUGGCUGCAUGGAUGUGAUUUUGCGUCCGGGUUUUGGCGAGUGUUUUGGCGAGCGAGGGACUGACUGGCGGCACACAGACAGUGCUGUGCUGUGUGUACAGAUGGACGGUGUGGUGGCUGUCGUCUGUCAAUCAAUGCAUUGAGGUGUGGCUGUCUUGUCAGUCAGUGUAUAGGCCUGUGGGUGGCGACGCUUAAGCAUAAAGGGACCCUCAUGUGUUCGUGAGUGAGCCAUCGAAUUAAGUCAGUUAAAUGGAGAGAGACGACCCAGACUUCCCGACAAGGCAUACAUACAAGGCAUACAA